AUGUCAUUAGCAACUCAUUCAACUGCAGACGGUCCCUAUGAACGAAUACUUCUUUCAGUUGACGCCUCAUCAGCGGGAUCGGGAAAUCUGGAAAUUAUGAUCAACGGAGGUCGAGUACCAUGCCGGGUGCGAGAGAUUGUCAGCCGGCAAUACAAGGCCGUAUUUACACCCACUCAGAGCGUCACUCAUACUAUAGAAAUGCGAUUUAACGGCGAAGAAGUAGCCGGCAGUCCGUGGCACAUACCAGUUGAAGAUCGACCAGAAAGAAGGCACGAGUCCAAUCGCACUACUUCGUACUACUCUGAGCUAUCCGGCGCCGGCUUGGUAAGGGCUCCAGUUAACAAGAUCGCCACGUUUGAAAUCAAUGGUGAAGGCUUGGAACUCAGCGAUAUUCAGGCGAAAAUCUAUGGACCUGAUCAGCGAGAAUUCCCAGUACGAAUAAUACCACGCGGUAAUGGAAGAUUCACGGCCGAAUAUCGUAUUGAACAGGUCGGUGAACAUCAUCUGACGGUGUGGAUUGCUGGUCGUAAAGUGGAUGGCAGCCCGUUGUCGGUGGCCGGCUACUCGGCAGAUCGAGUGAGGCUCGAGCCGCUCGGGGGCGGUGCAGUCGGGCAUCCUGUACAGUUUGUCGUUGAUGCUGUUGAUGCCGGCAAAGGACAACUUGAAAUUUCUGUCAAUCAAGGACGCGUGCCGAACAAUGUACAAAUGCAAGGCGCCGGAAGAUGCCUUGUCACUUUCAUUCCACAACAUCCUGGCACCUAUGUGAUCGAUGUAACGUUCAAUGGCGAACAAGUGCAUGGCUGUCCGAUCAAAGUUGAGAUACUGCCGAAGCAGGUUGGCGAAGUUGUGCACGCGAAUCUCACACCAACGGCUGUAUCCACUGCCAUUUCAGCUGGUGGAUCAAGCAUAGCAGGUGCUUUCCGUCAGUCUCGAGCACCCACAUCACCGGGACUCCUUCACCACAGUCGUCAGCGAUCGGCCGAGACCAAUCCUCGUAGUCCAACGCUGCUUCAAGAAGCACGUGGCCGAGCGGAGAAGCCAUGGAUGCAGACCUAUGCUCCCACAUCGUCUCGAUUGAGCUCUUCAUUGUCGCCGAAUAGACAUUGGUCAGCUACCAGUACAUAUGACAGGACGUACACUACCGACAGGACUCUUUCCCCAAGUGAUCCGACCAGAACCUAUGAACAUACUGCUUACAAUGGACGCGCACCUUCACCAUCAGGAGUACGGUCAAGGGAAUUCGCUGAGCGUCAGUUUGAGACGCCAUCGCCGACUCGGUACGAACGUAAAUAUCCGGUUCCGUUCACCAGCACCACUACCACGACGAGCACAAGUGGGGUUCGACAAGUAGAAAAGCCCUACAGGUCCACAUCGCCGAUCAGUCGAGACGAGAUCCGAUCACGCACCAGCGAUCGGGUUGUGUCACCGUUCAGAAUACGUCGCGUUGAGCAGCUGGAUCCUAUAGCAGCCGAAGAAGAGCGCGAACGACGGCGAGCACAAGCAGAACGUGAUCGAAUCGCCUCGUCAUCGGUUGGAUACACAGUUGCACAGUACGGACAACCGGGCAGUGUAACAAUCGACAGAAGUCACUCACCCGAUAGGUACUCCACACCACGAUCAUACGGUAGUACGUUGGAGAAAAAAGAACCCCGUAAUGCGGUCAGCCCAUCGACAUUGGAAAGCAAACAGAGACCCGAAUCACCCGAAUACUCUGCGGUCUACGAGCGUUUUGAUCGGAGACGUGAUGAACCUCCACCGGCUCCUGCUCAUGCUCAACCAGAUUCAACAAAAGCUAAAACACCUUCAUCGACUGAGAAUUCUCAUCAACGGUACAGAUCGAGAAGCCCUCCACCGGACUACGACACCGGUCCCUCUUUGACGCAGAGUAUCGCCACAUCGAUU